GCCAUUGCUGUUCUCUUCUCCACGGCUGCAUCAAAGUGUCUGGGAGCUCCAUAAGUGCACUUUAGCUUUGAAUAUGGAAGUCAAGCCGUUGGCAGCAUUUGUCUUCUUAGCUGCAGUGAUUGCCAUCUGCCCAGCUGAAGCAGAAAGACUGUACUUCCCACAGAUCAACAACAUGUCCUGGGAUGAAGCAAGGACUUACUGCCAGGUCUGUUUCAAGGAACUUGUGAGUGUGACACCUGACAACAGUGCUGUGCUGGUGGAAAUCCUGAAUAAUGACUCUUGGAUUGGGAUGAGAAAAAAGCUUGGUGGUCCUAUGGAUUGGUCUCGCUGGUCAGACAAUACAUCGCUUGUCUUCCAAAACUGGUAUCCUAGAAGUCCUGACCCUAACAAUACAGAAGAUACCUGUGUCAAGCUUCUUAGUUUUGGAGCCUGGCUUGAAGACAACUGUAAUUCCUUGCUGCCUUCUAUAUGUUAUGAAGAUCGUUUCUAUGGGAUGCUGAACAUCUCCAAUAUCAGAACAACAAGUGUUACUCUUCAGUGGACUGCAGGCCCUGGCAACAUUUCUUACUACCGGGUCACGUAUUUAUCAAACUCUUCGGAUGUCACGGCUUUGACAUAUGAUAUCCAUGAUCUGGUCCCGGGAACACAAUACCAGUUCAAUGUCUACCCUGUGAAAUGUGGCAGAGAUCUCAACUCAGAGAAUGCAUCAGCAUAUACACAACCUGAGAUGGUCACACAAUUGUCUGUCACUGAUAUAAGCACAACUUGGGCCUUUCUCGUAUGGACUAAGCCGGAGGGGAACAGCUCUGACUACCGGGUGACCGUUUCCAGUGACUCCUUUGCGCAAAACUUGGUGUUCAAAAAUUGCAGUGCAAACAUCUCAACUCUUCAGCCAGGCACCAAUUACACUUUUACUGUCACUGCCCUGGUGGAGGACCGGUCCAUUGAAGGAGUCAACACUUCUGUCUCUAACACAACAUACCCAGCUGCUGUCACGAACUUCAGUGUGUCACAUUUUAACAGCACAUCAAUUGAGCUGAAUUGGGCCAAGCCAGAAGGAAUAAUAAAUGGAUACAACAUUUUAGUCACUGAAUAUAAUUCUUCUACAUUUUUAAAAAGCAUUAGGUUGAGUGAAUCAAGCACAAAUACAUCCAUCACUGAUCUAAAUCCUGGCCUCAGCUACUUUUUCAACAUCACCACCUUUUCUGGGAAUCUUGUGAGCCUGUCAAAAAACAUCACUAAGGCAACCAUAAGCGGUCCUGUUACUUUUCAUGAUCAUCACCAUCCUAAUUUUCUUUCUGCUUUUCCUGCUGAGAGUCAGGGUAGCGUUAUGAUGAUCCGGGCUGACCAGGUCUCCUUAUCCCCAUAA